CACGAAUGGAAUGAAGAAACUGAGGCCUGAGGACAUCAAGUGACAUAUGCAAGUUUAUACUAGCAGCCAAGAGGAGGUCAAGGUUUUCCAAUAAUAAAAAUAGACCAGGAUCCCUUGGACCCUUUGGAGUCAGGUGUCUCACUGAAGUCCCAAGAGCUCUAAAGGAGGAAGAGCACCAUGGAGGGCGACUGUCUGAGCUGCAUGAAGUAUCUGAUGUUUGUUUUCAAUUUCUUCAUAUUCCUGGGAGGUGCCUGCCUGCUGGGCAUCGGGAUCUGGGUCAUGGUGGACCCCACCGGGUUUCGAGAGAUUGUGGCCGCUAACCCCCUCCUCUUCACGGGUGCCUACAUCCUGCUGGCCAUGGGAGCCCUGCUCUUCCUACUCGGUUUCUUAGGCUGCUGUGGAGCGAUCCGGGAAAACAAGUGUCUGCUACUCUUUGUAAGUUUUUCCCUUGUCAUUUUGUUAAUAUUCCUGGCGAGCGUCUCAGCAGCCAUCCUGGCCUUCAUCUUCAGAGAAAAUCUAACAAGAGAGUUCUUCACCAAGGAGCUGACCAAGCAUUAUCAGGGGAAGCAGACGAGACAGACGUCUUUUUCAGUAACCUGAACUCCGGUCAUGAUCACAGGGAUUAACGGCCCUGAAGACUUUAAAGGCUGCCCCGGUUUACCGCUUCCUGAAUUUCAAUGGGGAUGAGUCCCAGAGGCAUGCUGCCGGAGAGAACCCCAGAGCCGGGAUGGCGUGCUGGUCAACAGGGAAGAGUGCCUAUUGGGAAGAGACCGGUCCUUGAACAAACAGGUAGAACAAACAGGGGUUUACACCGUGAUCCUCAAUUCCUUUGAGACGUAUGUAUAUCUGCUAGCCCUCGCCAUCGGGGUGUUGGCUAUUGAGCUGUUCGCCAUGAUCUUUGCCAUGUGCCUCUUCCGAGGGAUCCAGUAAAGAGGAUCCUGCCCCUCCUGGUCCUGGUGAUUGCUAACCCUGCCUUGCCUCCUCCCCUCCCUACGGUCCCCACUCCUGCCUGCCUGCCCAAUCCAGACAAAAGAAAAGCUGGCAGGGGCUGGGUGGUGGGGAUGGUGAGAUGAAAUAGGGCAGUAAAUAGCUAUUUUUUUAACAAGAAGAAAUGAAGAAAGGAAACAAAAUAUUGUUGUAACAUAUUCUUGGCCAAGGAAAUAGCCCCGAAUCAGAGGGGCUGCGCACUGGACGUGAGCGCUGGGCUUCUCCCUAAGGGCACCCUGCCCAGGGACCAGGAGCCAGAAACCAACCAGGGGUGGAUUGCACUAAAGACCAAAGGAGCAUUGGCAGCACGGUGGUGGGAAGGCAUCUCCCAGCAUUCCUUCUUCCAGUACAGCCGGACCCCAUGACCACCCCUCGGGGCCAGUCUUAUAGACCACAACCACCACGUUUGACCAGGCCAAGAGAAGGCAGGAUGUCUUUGGAACUCCACCUUCCAGCCCCUCCCACAUCAACCCAGCCCUAGCCCUGGGAGAGGAGGGGAAAUCAGAGGAGUAUUGUCCCCUUCUCACUUCCUCCCUCCAGAGCUGAAACUAAGGCAGGGCAGUGAAGUUUGGCUCCAAGCGGGGGAAUUUAGAAGUAGCCACAUCACCUUCCUGGGGGCACACACCGACCUGCCCAGCCCACCUCUGGCAGCAGUGGGGAUGGUGGUCACUCACCCCCUGGCACAUGCCCAGCUCUGGCCCUAGCAGCCACCGCAGUGUGCUUUUUGGUUCUCCAAGUCCUACUUUCAGCAGGGCAGAAAUCUCAGGGGUGCGCGGACAUCCGCCCUCUUGCUGCAGGUGAAAAUGUCUGCCUUCCUUCCUUCUUCAGUUUCCCUUCUCCAAGCCUUCUCUUUCCCCAUGGACUAUCCCUUCUCUUUCCCUCCUGAUAAGGACAGGAGGAAAAGGCUGUGCCCAAGAGGAGGAUCCAGGGCCCCUGUAGGGAUGCCAUCGGGGCCCAAGAAAUGAAGACAAAUCCCUACUCCCUGCACGCCCAUCAGCUUAUGGCUUUCCUUCCUCCAAAGGGCCCUGGUGAGAAAGGAAAAAAGGAGCAGUCUUCAACAGAGACCGCAGGGAGGACCAAGAGCCUUUUUCUGAGGAAACAGGGAGGAAGACUGAGCCAGGGUAGUGCAGGGUGCAGUUGGGGGAUGGCGGUAGAGUAUCUAGAACAGACCCAGAGUGGGGACAAAUGGGGAGGCUUUUCUCCUCUCUGCUUUUCCUACACUCAGAUGAGCCUUCACCCAAUCCGAGGGGGAUGGGAGCUGAGGGUGAGGAGUGGGGUUGGUGGGAGACUUAAUCCCAGUGUAGGCUGUCAAUUGUCUUAGAAACUAGGGCCCUUUUCAGAAGCUACUGACUCUUUGAAGAAAGAAAGAAGACUUGGGCGGGUAGGGUAAGGGCAGGCUCCGGGCUCUCCACCAGGUCCAGGGCCAGAGCUGCUGCUGCUGCUGCUGCUGCUGCUUGUUUUUUGUAAUCAUUGCCCUGCACCACUCCCUCCAACCCUGACUUGCCCCUUUUCCCUUCUCUCUGUCAUUAUCUAAUUGGAGGCCCUAGGAGAGGUUGAGCGCCACAGGGCACUCCCAACUUCCCUCCCCCAAUCACCCAAUCUCCUGCCAUGUGAAAUAAGUUUAAAGUCUAUUUUGAAAAUGUAAAUGUUCCUUGGAGUAGAUAGCAGAGCUAAUUUAUCAUGUAUUCCCUCCCAUCAGGCUUUUUUUAUAUUGGGGAGUUUUUUUGUAAUAUAAAACAGAACACACAUUGAAUGUUCUGCACCGGUCUUUGUGUCUGUUUCUUAAAAAAUAAGUAAAUAAAUAACUGCAUACAUAAAUGGUGA